GGCUGCCCGACUGGAAUGAGGGUAUCUGCGGCGGCCGCGGCGGCGGGAGCGGGGCCGGCCAUGGCGGUGUGGACGCGGGCCACCAAAGCGGGGCUGGUGGAGCUGCUCCUGCGGGAGCGCUGGGUCCGGGUGGUGGCCGAGCUCAGCGGGGAGAGCCUCAGCCUCACGGGCGACGCUGCGGCGGCCGAGCCCGAGGCGGCCCUGGGGCCGGCGGCGGCCGCCUUCAACGGCCUCCCGAACGGCGGCGGCGCCGGCGACUCGCUGCCCGGGAGCCCCAGCCGCGGCCUGGGGCCCCCGAGCCCGCCCGCGCCUCCGCGGGGCCCGGCGGGCGAGGCGGGCGCGUCGCCGCCCGUGCGCCGGGUGCGGGUAGUGAAGCAGGAGGCGGGCGGCCUGGGCAUCAGCAUCAAGGGCGGCCGCGAGAACCGGAUGCCGAUCCUCAUCUCCAAGAUCUUCCCGGGGCUGGCGGCCGACCAGAGCCGGGCGCUGCGGCUGGGCGACGCCAUCCUGUCGGUGAACGGCACCGACCUGCGCCAGGCCACCCACGACCAGGCCGUGCAGGCGCUGAAGCGCGCGGGCAAGGAGGUGCUGCUGGAGGUCAAGUUCAUCCGAGAAGUAACACCAUAUAUCAAGAAACCAUCAUUAGUAUCAGAUCUACCUUGGGAAGGUGCAUCUCCGCAGUCACCAAGCUUUAGUGGCAGUGAGGACUCUGGUUCUCCAAAACACCAGAACAGCACCAAGGACAGGAAGGUCAUCCCUCUCAAAAUGUGCUUUGCUGCUAGAAACCUAAGCAUGCCGGAUCUGGAAAACAGAUUGAUAGAACUACAUUCUCCUGAUAGCAGAAACACGUUGAUCCUGCGCUGCAAGGAUACAGCCACAGCACACUCCUGGUUCGUAGCUAUCCACACCAACAUAAUGGCUCUCCUCCCACAGGUGUUGGCUGAACUCAAUGCCAUGCUUGGUGCAACCAGUACAGCAGGAGGCAGCAAGGAGGUCAAGCACAUUGCCUGGCUGGCAGAACAGGCAAAACUAGAUGGUGGAAGACAACAAUGGAGACCUGUCCUCAUGGCUGUGACUGAGAAGGAUUUGCUGCUUUAUGACUGUAUGCCGUGGACAAGGGAUGCCUGGGCAUCACCAUGUCAUAGCUACCCUCUUGUUGCCACGAGGUUGGUUCAUUCUGGCUCUGGAUGUCGAUCACCCUCACUUGGAUCUGACCUUACAUUUGCUACCAGGACAGGCUCUCGGCAGGGCAUUGAGAUGCAUCUCUUCAGGGUGGAGACACAUCGGGAUCUAUCAACCUGGACCAGGAUACUUGUUCAGGGUUGCCAUGCUGCUGCUGAACUAAUUAAGGAAGUCUCUCUAGGCUGCACACUAAAUGGCCAAGAGGUAAGAUUGACUGUCCACUAUGAAAAUGGGUUCACCAUCUCCAAGGAAAAUGGAGGUUCCAGCAGCAUAUUGUACCGCUACCCCUUUGAAAGGCUGAAAAUGUCUGCUGAUGAUGGCAUCAGAAAUCUGUACCUGGAUUUUGGUGGUCCUGAGGGAGAACUGACCAUGGACCUGCACUCUUGUCCGAAGCCCAUCGUAUUUGUGUUGCACACAUUCUUGUCAGCCAAAGUCACUCGCAUGGGACUGCUCGUAUGAGCAGCAAAAAAUCAGAAAAGAGUCUUGAAUGUCACAAGAAGUAUUUCCACCUCAAAAAAAAAAAAAAAAAAAAAACACAAAAAGCACAAAAAGCAAGCUCUUUGCUCUCUCCUCCAGCACAGUGCCUUGACAAGAACCUGCAGAUCACUGCUGAACAGUAACCGUGUUUAAAGAAGAGCCUGCCUUUCACAAGCUACCUUUGCCAGAAAUUCUAGGACUCUAAUAAGCUCCAAACUGAAGCUGUUGAUUUAUUGCCUCGUUUCCCAAUGUGGUUUCUAAGUCACUAGGUUUAUUUCCCCUGUGAAGAAGGAUGGUUCGUUGUGGGGUUUUUUGGGGGACAUAAUCAAAUAUCCAUGAGUUGUUUUUGUUUCUUCUUGCAGGAUUUGUUUCAAGCUUAGCCUUGGUGUCUGGCUUAGUUCAACCAUCUCUUCCCACAUGCUAGUUGACAGCCGCCUGUGCUUCUUGGCCAUUCCAAAUAGGCUGUACAUUCUGUCAAAGGCUACUGUCACUUAAUCCUUCCACCUUUCGAAGUCCUCGAAUUGCACACCAAAGCAUUCUCCCAUCUGUCUUGGCUCUCGUGCAUCUCACCCUGGUCAUCAUCACCUUUCCAACACACCACAAGCUUUGUCACUCAUCAGUGCUAACAUUAGGACUUAAAAUUUGUGAAAUUUUAUUAGUGUUGCCUUCCACUCCCUUUCUAGUGGUGACCAAGUUGGAAACCACUGAUCUGAAAGAAGAGGUUUGCUUGCUUUAGAUUUUUCUGAUUUAUCUUUGGUAGGAGCCAGGGGAUGAUAAGAUUUCUUUUAAAAGAAAAUCCUCAUUUUAGCCUAAGCCAUUUUUUAUUGCUUACCAAAUGUGCCUUUGGUUAGGGUUAGUGGAGCUUUAUUAGUCACUAUUUGAAUAACUGGAUAUCACUGCCAUUCCAGGGAGAUCAUCCAUCUUAGUUUUGAAGAAUAGACUUUGAGAUGAAUUUCCUUAGUAGUGUCUUUUCUAGUGGGCAGAUCUCAUUGAGGAAGAUAAAUCCUGGAGAGCCCACUAGCUUAAAGAGUAGGCUCUGCCUGUAAAGCCAGCUCUUCAGCACAAACAUCAUAUUGAGCUGUUUUGGGCUUUGUGAGCCCAUGCAGGAUCCUGGCCCUGGUCCUCUCCCUUUGUGGCAGCAGAGUGGCAUGGACAGGCAGCUGCUAACUCAGUGAUGUUGGCAUAGUAAUGCAUUCUGCAGUGGGCAGGGUGACGAGACCAUGGAACAGUUUCCUGGGUUUUGCUAAGCAUUGCCAGAUGUCAUCAUUAGGACUUAGUACCAGUAAGAUUGCUGAUUUUGUAGUAUUAAAGAAUCACGCUCAGCUUGUUUUUCCUGAUAAUGAGGGAGGUAUAUAUCUGAAAACAUUUAAAAUAGUAUAAUAGCUGUAUAAGAUGUCAAGAUUACCACAGCCCCCAGAUCUGAAAGAAAAGGUUAUAUUGACUUGGAUGUUCUCUGAAGGAAAGUCUAGGAACAGUUCUCACGAGAUUUACCAGGAGUGCCAUAAAGAAGAUGUGAGCAUUCUGGAGAGUGGAGGAGAGGGUAGCACUCCAAAUAGGAAAAACCCACAACCAUAAAUGCAAAACAUGAGCUAUUUGGUGUGAGUCCAGACUGACCUAGGUGGAACAUCUUAAAGAGCAGAUUCAUGAGGAGAGAGUUAGUGAAUUAGACAAUGUAACCCCAUUGUCUCCCCUCUGCCUGUCGGUCAGUCCUCCUUGUACAUGAGAUUAACCACAUGUAGAGGCCAGGGAGAGAGAACUGUUCUUCCCCCAGCUACAGUUCUAGAAAUGUUAUUUGAUCCACCUAAAACUGGAAAUUGAAAUCUAGAGUAUGUCUUUCAAGAACUUUAUCUUUUAGGGAUUUAUAAACCUAUGUUUGGUUCCAUGUGAAGUAAAUUUGCAAGGGAACAAAAAAAUAGAAUCUUGAAGGUCCAGCUAUGAUUUCUGGAAGCAGAAUUUCAACACAUAAUACCCUCAGAUAAGGGAGCUUAGACACUCUUUGCCAUGAAAGCAUUAUUAACCUGAAAAGUUGCACAUGCAGCCACAGACUGCAGCAAAGCCAUUUGUUUGGGGUUUUUUGUUGUUGGUGGUGGUGUGAAAGGCUAAGCCACUGAGAAUAUUUUCAGGGGGAACUUCUAAGCCCUGGUGCUCAUAAAUUCUAUGAAAAAGGUCUCUAAAAAAGAUGUGAUGAAGAUGUGAGCAGGAGAAGGUAAGGCGUGUGAGCCAUUUUGACUCAUUUUGUUCAAGCUUGAACUGUCACAUAUAACACCAAGGUCCAUAGGGUUUUUUUUGUUUUGUUUUGUUUUUUAAUCUUUGGAGUCUUAAUGUGAAAUAAAAAUAUGUGGGAGGUUUCCUUUGACCACUAGCACCCCUGACAGCAAGAGCCCUUAAGCUGCUUUUUUAACAUCAGCAGCUUUCCAAUCAUCAUCAUGGAUGACCAGGUUGUUCUUCAGUUAAGUGUGUUUGUGGAAUUUUCAAACCACAAAUGAAGUGCUUUUUAUGAAUGGGACAGCCUAGAUAAAUAGGUAUUUUGUAUUAAGAUGCCAAAAUAUGGCAAAAUAUUUUCAAAUGGUAACUAAAAAUGGGCAUUUUUGGUAUUUCACAUAUUUUAUAGAACAGCUUAACUUGUCAUUUCUUUUUCAUUUUGAAUUGGGAAUAUUGUUGGGAAUGUUGUGGGCUUCCAUGUGUAGAAUGGAAACUGCAGAGUAGUGUCCACCUCAUCCCAAUGGACCCGCUUCCUGUGCUCUCAACUAACCCCAGACCUGGGGCUUAGACAUCUUCUCCAUAUUCCACACAGAUGUGUCUACCAGUAGCCAAUUGGCAUGUGAAAAUUCUUCCUCACUCCCUAAAUUUCUCAUUUUGCUCUCCAAAAAAAGAAAGAAAGAAAAGGCUCAGUUAUUUCUUUUCUGAAAAAGGUAAGCCCUUUCCUGAAGUUAUCAAACAAACCUUAUCUGAAAAUUAGUUUCUAAGAUCUUAUAUGAAGAAAUACUUUAAUGUAUGUUUAUACAGUAUUUAUUAGAUAGUUAUAACUGUAAACUCACCUAUCUAGUAGACAGUUUCAGGUUAAAUAUUGGAACAUGCACAAGCAAUCAAAAAUAUUACAUUAAAUGUCAUUCAUCUAUUUUAAAGCCAUGUUUUAGCACUUUUUAGGCUAGGUAAAGUCUGAUAGUGCCUGCUUUUAUCAGCUGUACCCUCACAACUUUAUUGUGGAACAUUAUUAGAUGGCAGGAGAGGUUGAAUUAUUUAUUUUUUAUAUUUUUAUAAGUGGAAAAAUCUAACCAACAAAUGAUUAAAGUUGUCUCUGAUUAUUUUCCUAAUUUAUCUUCCUAAGUAGAAUGGCAACAAAGCUUUUUUCAGCUGAUUAAAUGCACUUAGCUAAUAAACCAAAAUUUAUUCUUUUUUUUAAAUUUAGCUGUGUGGAAUCUGGACAAGAUUAUGUUUCUCCCAGAAAAAGUUUUCAUUGUAAAUGAUUUUGAUGGACAGAAGUGUGACCACUUUUGAGAAAAGGUUGUGAUGGAUUUUUUUUUUAAUUUUGUGAGAACCUCCAGGUCUUCUUGUUUAAUUUAUAUGCAUGUGGAUAUAUUUGUAUGUUUUCAAAAACAUAGAAGAAUCUCCAUAUUUUUAAAUGCAAAUUAUAUUGUAAGCUGCUAUGCAAAUUCUAUUAAAAGCCCUACCUACUUAAAAGUUAAACAUUUUUGAAGCUUUCAGGGAAGACCUGUAGACUUAAGCACUUUCUCUGCUUUUUUGUGUCUUAUCUUGGACAUUUACGCUGAACUUUGUUCUUAUUAUUUUCACUGGUUAUAAGCUAUUGAUUGUACAUAAUAUUGAAAUUAUCCAAAUAUCCAGCAUACAUUUCAUUGUCACUGCCAUCCACCAUUGACACCAUGAAUGAAUGGCUGGUUAGAAAGCCAAAGGUCAUCUUUUUUCGAUUGCUAAUGAAGAAGUAAAAUGCCAGAUCUCUUUGGUCUCAAAGCAGAUUGCUCUGGUCAGAUCAAAUAAGGAAAAGAGACUUCUUUAAAUUUGGGACUUUGCUUAAACUUUAAGUUGAAUUUGACCAUAAUCAUAUUCAUUCUUUUUGUAUGUAUAUCUCCAUCAGGUCUAUAAUGUACCAGGUAGUAUUAUAUUAUAUUCUGUCUUGAGUUUGAAAAUCUCUUUCAGUUAAAUUUGUUAUUGUGGCUUUUUUUUCCCUCUUGAAGAUGAAAGCAGAGGAAUCUGCCAUUUGCUACUGUUCUGUUUCUCAAGAUUGCUUGGUAAUCUAGAAUUCUUUUGACUUUCUACAUAGCGUCUUCAAAGAUUGACAGUAGCAGUCUCUCCCCUGCCGCCUUUUUUAAAACUGUCUCCUUCCCUGUGCUGGGUAUAUAGACAAUAAAUGUGUGAUAACAGACAGUUAUAAAAUAAUUAUGUUAUAUAUCAGGAUUAUGUGUUUUUGAGCAACAUAGCUACUCCUAUCAUGUAAUGAUAAGUGAAAUUUAUGCUAGAAAUAGACUACUUAGUGGCAGAUUUGAAACCAUUUCUCUUUAAAGAAAAAUCUGGCAAAUUCUAUCAAAGCAUAGAAUUUUUAGUUAAAAUAAAGUACCAAAAAUAGGUUCAUAGAGCACACCUGUACAUCUGUUGUCUUUUUUUGAUACUAGCUAAACUACCAACUGAAAGAACAGUUGUUAUGUAUUAACAAAAUACUUUUAUAAGAUUUCUUCUUUUGUUUCAAAACUGAUAAACUUGAGCUUAAUCUCCUGCCACCUCUUCUUCUUCCCACUUCAGGUGACUGAACCAAAGCACAUUUAAGUUUUAAAAGUGAUUCUGCAUUUGAUGUGAUUCAUAAAUAAUGCCAUUUGCAAAUGACUCCUUGUUCUCUAAUGAAGGUUUGAUUAUAUUCAACAAAAAUCUACCAUCUGAACUGUAAUCCUUGAAUUGCUCCAAAAUAGAUUGGUUGAAACCAAAAAGCUAUUAAUAGAGAAAUGAUACUUUAUUGUAUUGUUAGAUUAGCUACUCUGGUAGAUUUCUAGUACCUUUACUCAGUCCUCUUGUUAUCCUACCUCCAUGCUGUUGACACGCUUUAUUUUAGUUUCUGAGUCCCUCUUUAUCCUAGUCACAUUUUAUACCCUUGGAACUUGAGUGCUCUAUCACCUCUUCCAAAGUGAUAGAGAAGUCUCUCAGGAAUACAGAAAAAGGUUCUUUGGGGGCCUGGAGGAAUUCUGAAACUGCAAGGCUAAUGAAUGACAUACUAAUUCAAGUAUUGUUUCAUCUAAUAAGCAUUUAUUAGGCACUCCCAAGGGUCCAGAAGAAAGUUCCUGCCCUCAAGUAGCACAUAAUCCAUUAUUUCUCAGUUACACCAUGCCAUAUAUCAAUCAAGCAGCCGUUAAAUAAUUAAGCACUUAAUACCUUUACCAAAAUACAUCUGUAGUUCUCCUGUGGCUAACUGGAAAAUGUUUAAAAUGAUGCUCAGUCUUUGGUUCAUGCUAAUGUGAAAGAACUCCAAGUACAUUUAAGUAGGUCAUUCUUUUUAUUAUGCUUAAUUUUCUUAAUGCAAAAUUAGACUUUAGUGGGGUGCCUGACUGGCUCAGUUGGCGGAGCAGGUGACUCAGUCUCGGGGUUGUGAGUUUGAGCCUCACAUUGGGUCUACAGAUUACCUAAAAAUAAAAAUCUUAAAGAAAAAAUAAUUAGACUUUAGUUUGGAAGGAAACAUGUAGAAUAUCCCUAGGAAUAAAUCACACCAAUAACAAAACUUAAGCUCUGUUCCCAAAAUAGAUCAACAGGAAAAUCUUUUUUAAAAACUGCUCAAAAAAAAAAAAAAAACUGCUCCUUUUAACUAUAAAUAGCAAAGCUGAGUGUAUAUUUACAAGUUGUGCUGAUCCAUGCACUUCCACACUUAAUCCUUUACACCUCAUUGGCUGAAAAGUCCUUAUACAUGGUAAAAGGAAUAUUUGUAAUGAUGUGUCAAAAUGCAGAUAUUUUAAACCUAGCAAAAUUUCACUUAUUCUAGAACACAUUGACACUCAAACUCAAUAAAAAGGACACCUAAAGGAAACAAGAGAGGCUAAUUGAAUUUUUCCAUAAUUUUCAUACAGUGACAGUCCCCUUCCAUCCACCAUACCUUCUUCCAUUUUUGACCAGGGUCAGCUUUUAAGGCAGCUUCCUUCGUCAUACCCAGAAAGUACCUCAGUCACCUGUGAUUGGAAUCGCACAGGGAACAGAGUCUCAUGGGCUCACUCCCCUUUGUUUUCAAGCGUCCUGGAGUAGUGCAGCACAAAUUAGGUCAUGCCUAUGAUGUGUUGGCCUUUACACCUACCCUUUGACAAUCAGGUGCUAAUGAUUAUGUUAUUGGAACCAGCACAUAAGUAUUGUCGUGUAAGUGUCUGCUCCUCCUAGGUCGGCAGAAGUGCUUUUCUCCUGUCUUAGUCCUGUUCUAGAGGGUGUCUGUCCCAUGUUCCACUUCUGUUUUGUGAAUUACUAGAAUAUGGGGAAGAGGAAGUAAUUUCAACUAAGUUUUGGGUUUGGCACAAUCAUCAGUCUCCAUGAUAUUCUUCACACCUGUGGCAAGUCUAUCCUUAUUACAAGAAUCAAUUUUACUUUUGUAUUUUUUUCCCAGCUUAAGACUCCAGUAUUAUGUUUACAGUCUGUUGGAUGUGUUCAGCAUGGUAAGACCUUGGUGCCCAAAGAAUUUGUUUCCCUUUUGGUACCAGACCCAAGGUCUUCUAGAAGAUAAUGUGGCAAACCACUACCUAUGAAGGCCUAUAUUGGCUAAUCUGUGCAAAUUCUGAUUAUACUCCCUUGUAUGUAUUUUGUUCCACACAACAAGUAUUAGGUUUUAGAAAGCUAGAAUAAUACUUCUACAAAAGAAUUAAAAGUAUGUGACAUUCUGGUUUUUCUUCUUUUUAGAACCUUGUUAUUUAAACAAGACUUCUUUUUAAGUGUUGUUUAAAUUUAGUUAUCAAAUCCUCUGGUAUCACCAGACUACCAAAUCAAAACUUAUGGCAUAAAACAGGGCAGUAUUUGUGUUCUUAAUAAUUAAAAAAAAAAGCUUUAUGUGUACUCUAUAAAUAUAAAUGCAUAGACAACACUUCCCCUUGAGUUGCACAUCAACAUAUAGCAUUGUACAUUACAAUGACAAUUUGUAACUUAAGGGUAUUAUAUAUAUAAAUACAUAUACCUUUGUAACCUUUAUACUGUAAAUAAAAAAAUGCUUUUAGACUUGUA